AUGCCUGUUGCCGUCAUAGCUGAAGUCGUUAGCUACACAAUCCUUGCUAGUUCUGUUGGAGGCUCCAUUGGAUCCUAUUGCGCCGACAAUCCGGGGGUUAACGGGUGCGUUAACAAGCGUGAUAUUCUCAACACGGAAUCUAUUCCACCCAUAAUGGCGAGCACCAGAAAGCGACAGGACGUGGGUCCUUGUGGUGUACCAAAAUAUGUUUUCGAUCUUUGCCACGACGAAGGCGUUUCUGCAGGCAUAAAUAGUUCCAUUCCAUCCCCUGGUGAGGCAAGGUUUGACCACGUACCACCCACCUGUAUGACCUUGAGCGGAGCUUUGCUAGGAGGCUGCACUAACAGCGGUCCUCGUGUCGAGGCUUGUGGCACUGACUGCCUUCACUAUACCGGACUAACAGAUGAAGACUUUGCCCACUUGUCCAACGCACUCAACGGCAAAUAA